CGGAAGUUGGUGCUUUUUCAUUUGCAGCGAGGGGCGCGAGGUGAGGUGCGCUCUGUUCUGUUUACCUGUGCGUAUCAGGGGAGGUCAGAGCGAGAGAAAAACAAGCAAACAUGGGAACCGGGAUAUAGCUUCACAACAGCUCGCUUCAGACCAGGACAUUAGAGAAACAUUGACGUGUCCAGUUAGACCCCCUCAUUCUACUGGACAGUUCAGCUUAAACUCCAGCGACUGAACGGAUCUGGAUCUCCCAAUCCCAGCCAUGGCAAACAAGGAACCUGUGAAUCCCUCUCAUGCCACGUUUGACCUCUUUGUCCAAGCCAAGACUUGUCAAGAAGUAAAGAAGCACUUCACAGAGCUCUGCAGACACCUGCAACUUGAUCCUAAGGAUUACAGCAACUUCUACACCAAGCUGAAGGAAAGGCUGAACUACUGGAAGGCCAAAGCUGUGUGGACCAAGUUGGACAAAAGAGCCUCUCAAGAAGUUUAUGAGCAAGGAAAAGCCUGCGCCCAGAACAAGUGUCUGGUGUUGGGCGCGGGACCAUGUGGGCUGAGGACGGCCAUCGAACUGUCCCUGCUGGGAGCUCAGGUGGUGCUGCUGGAGAAGCGGGAGGAGUUCACCAGGAACAACGUUCUCCACCUGUGGCCCUUCACCAUCUGCGACCUCCGAGAGCUCGGAGCCAAAAAGUUCUAUGGCAAAUUCUGUGCUGGUUCUCUGGAUCACAUCAGCAUCCGUCAGCUGCAGCUGAUCCUGCUGAAGGUGUGUCUCAUCCUCGGGGUGGAGGUCCACACCGGAGUGGAGUACAAGGGCCUUAUUGAGCCCUCUGUAGAAAAAGGUUGGAUGGCCAAACUACAGCCUCCGUCUCAUCCUGCUGCAGCCUUCCAGUUUGAUGUUUUUAUCUCUGCAGGGGGAGGCAGGUUCGUCCCUGAGGGUUUUAAGCACAAGGAGCUGAGAGGAAAACUGGCCAUUGGCAUCACAGCCAAUUUUAUCAACGGGAACACGGCUGCUGAGGCCCAAGUACCAGAGAUCAGCGGGGUGGCCCGGAUAUACAACCAGAAGUUCUUCCAAGACCUGCUCAAUGAGACGGAUAUUGAUUUAGAGAAUAUUGUGUACUACAAAGACGACACCCACUACUUUGUCAUGACAGCCAAGAGGAAGAGCUUGCUGAAGAGGGGGGUCAUUAAACAGGAUUACAGUGAUGCAGAUCAGCUCCUGGCACCUGCAAACGUAGAUCACGAGGCGUUGUGUCUUUAUGCUCACGAUGCGGCGUACUUCUCCACUGGAGGCAAGCUGCCGGACCUGCAGUUUGCUCUGAAUCCGGCCGGUCAACCUGACGUGGCCAUGUUCGACUUCACCUGCAUGCACCGCGCCGAGCAUGCCUCGCUGGUCCGAGAGAGGAGGGGCAAGAAGCUCCUAAUAGCUCUUGUUGGAGACUGUCUGGUGGAGCCGUUUUGGCCUUUGGGAACAGGGAUCGCCCGAGGGUUCUUGGCUUCAUUUGACACGGCGUGGACGGUGAGGAGCUGGGGGAUGGGGAUCCAUCACAUGACUGUCAUUGCUGAGAGAGAAAGCAUGUACCAGCUUCUCUCCCAGACCACACCUGAAAACACCAGCAAGAAGUACUCUCUGUACAGCAUCGACCCGAAAACGCGCUACCAGAGACUCAACCUGUCCGCCAUUCACACUCGCCAGGUGCAGCACCUAUAUGAUGAGAAAAGCCAUUCGUUAACCAUAAAGCUGAAGGAAAAUCGGGCUCACAUGCGUCAAGAUUCAAUGAGUGGUUUUAACGAGUUGCUGAGAUGGUGCCAGAACAAUACCAGAGGGUACGACAAUGUGAACAUUAAGGAUUUCAGCCAGUCCUGGAAGUCCGGCCUCGCGCUGUGCGCUCUCAUCCACCACUUCAGACCUCAUCUGAUUGACUUUUCCUCGCUGGAUGAGGCGAACAGAGUUCACAACAACCAGCUGGUGUUCAGUGUGAUCCAUAAGGAGCUGGGAAUCCCUCCGGUCAUGUCUCCCAGUAGUCAGAUCGACAAGCUGUCCAUGGUUCUCUACCUCACCCAAAUCAAAGAUGCUGUCACUUUGCCACCAAAAGAACCUGCAGGCCCCCUGCCACCGACCACGUCUCUGAGUCUCUCUAGGACAAAGUCAGCUGUCUUUUUCCUGAGCAAGCUGAAGCACCUCUCACUGCAAAAACAAAAGGAAAGACUGGCGACUCUGAAACGAGGUGCACAAGCUGAGAAAAUCAUGGAAGAUGAGAAACCUACGUCCGUGCUACCUGCGUCUCCUGAAGUGCAUCCAGUUCCUCCCGCUGCGGCCGCCGCCUCUCCACCACCAGAACCAGAACCAGCCGAGACUCUGCUGACGACCGACAACGAGCAGUGCUACUUCUGUGGGAAAAUGGUGUACGCGGUGGAGCGCAUCAGUGCUGAGGGGAGGUUCUUCCAUCGGAGCUGCUUCACCUGCCACAGCUGUGGCAUCACCCUCAGAUUGGGAGGAUACGCCUUCGACAAGAACAGUGGGAGAUUUUACUGCGAGAUGCACUCUGAAGAUUUGUUGCUUAUUAAUGGUGUCGAAGCAUCCUGUGAGGACAUCGAUGAAGAUGAAGAGAACGAACUUUCCAGUGAGAGCUACACGCCGUCUCCAUCAGAUGAAGAGUACUUCCUCAAACCAGAUGGUGUCUCCUCUACUGUCACACAUUCAGAUGACCAAGAAGAACCGGAUCAGACUAUCCAUCAGUCCAAAGGAGACUCCCAAGAACCACAGAAGACGAGCACUUUUCCAGAUCCUGCAUCUAAACCUGAGAUAUUGGAGCCCCCUCAAGAUGAGCCGAUGGCUUUUCCCGUUCCAAAGCCACGCCUGUCCCGUCAGACGACCCCCACCUCCGAGCCCUCGCCUCCAGUGGCGAAACCUCGCAAAGUCAUCCUGACUCCGCAGACAUCUUUUCCUGAAGCGGCUCCAGAGGAGACCUCUAAAGCAGGACCAGAUUUCUCUCUCAAACCACUGCGAAAGCUUCAGCUGUCCAUCGAGGAGCGGAACGAGCUGGGGAAUCUGCAGAGCUUCAGCGCAGACUCAGACUCCGAAACCCAAGGCGGGUCGUCCUCCUGCUCGUCUUCCUCCGCAAACGCAGGUGGGCCUCCUAAACAAGAGGGCCAGGAAGGACCAGAAGAAGAGGGCUACUGGAGCGGGAGCACAGCUAGUCUCAUCCGUGAGAAGAAGAACCGUCACUGCUUCAAGCGAAAAGAGAUGCCGAGCGGGCAGAACCGAGUCCGGUCCAAGUUUUCCCCCUGGAACCUGUCCUCACCGAGGAUCAGCAGAGACUGCCGACUCACCGUCCAUCCAGGCAGAGUCGAGACGACCUUCCAUCACGUUCAUAGCACGGACGGUGUUGAUGAUGAGGAUGAUGACGACGACGAUGAUGAUGACUAUAUGUUUGAUGAACAGGAAGACUUGUUUGACAUGAAGCAGGAGCCAUCUGACCCGGUUCAGGCAAAAAAGUUUGAGUUGAAGAGGAUAAAGACACUGCAGAGGAGAGCCAAGAUGAGUGUAAUGGAUCGCUUCUGCAAAGCUCAGUCAAUCCAGCGUCGACUGGAGGAGAUUGAAGUCUCCUACAAGGACCUGGAGGAGAAAGGCGUGAAGCUGGAGAGAAGCCUGCGUAGACAACCCAACAACAGCGAUUCCUCUGAAACGAUUGAAGAAUGGAUCCAGCUGGUCCAUGAAAAGAACGCCUUGGUCUCGGAGGAGUCGGACCUCAUGGUGGAGUCCCGACAGCUGGAACUGGAGGACAAGCGCAGCACGUUGGAGCUGGAGUACAGGAAGUUAAUGGAGAUAAAAGAUAAGACGCCAGAGCAGCAGGAAGAAGAAAACCGGAUCUUUGAUCAGAUUCUUGAGGUGGUGGAGAUGAUGGACUCUCUAGUGACAUUUUUGGAUGAGAAGCGGCAGAAAGAAAUGAGCGAAAAGGAAGAAGCUCUCUCCAUCAAAGAGGCCAAAAGACACUCCAAGGCAGGAGCUCAAGUUCAGUGGGCUUAAGCGUUUUGGACACACACACACACAGGCCGGAUGAACCUGCACAGACUGUAGGUGACGCUUUUUCUCUGUGUGAGAUUCAGACUUGGAACCUGAAGGGUUAAACUUUGCAAAGCCAAAGAUGAGACGACAUCAUUGUUGGAGGCAGCAGACUGCCAGCGAUUCCCUCAGAGGAAGAAAAACUCGAGGUUGCGUGGAUAUGCUGGUGGUCACAUGUCCCGGCAACAAACUUUAUUUGAAAGCUGAUGUUUACACGUCUGUUAAGCAAUCACCCGGAGACCUACCUGCUUCAGUGUCAUAAACCUGAAGUCGAGAUAAAUCAGAGAUUAGAAACCUGCAGAAGGACCUUCAGAUAAACACAGGAGGGAUUCUGUUUCUGCAGACAUGUUGGUUUAUUGUUUAUAAAUAAUUUUAACUGUACAUUUAAUUACCACUGGACAAAAUUCUCAUCCAGGAUAUCUAGAGUCUGUUUUAUAUGUUUGCAUACAUGAUAUACACAUGAGUGGGACCUGAAUGAGGGAUUCAAAGUUUGAGAUUCUUUUUGUAUUCAGUUUGUUUUCAUCUGUUACUGUUGAUGAAUUUUGUAGCAUUUUCAGCUUUUCGCCACGUUCAGUCUUCACAGCAUGCUGGUUUGAUAAUCUCAGGGCUCGGCCGUUGAGUUGUGCAGGGUCACAUGUGGUUUGUCUGGGUGUAAACUGGAGAGGAAAAUCAUCCAGAAUGAGACCGGUGGGUUGGACUUUAAUGCCUUCAUUCAUCAUUUGCAAAUGAAAGAAAUUGAGACUGAAACGGAUCAGUUAAUAGAAGCCUUACGCCAUAAUUAUCAUCCUGCUGCCAUUUUGUGCCAUUUGAACCACUUCACAGUAUAUCAAAUAAAAAUAUCACACUUUGA